AAAAGGGUAACCGCGAGGCUACUUUGGACCAGUAGACAAAGGACGGAUGCCGAGCGCGGGCCCGGCGCUGGGCCUGCGGGGGCGGCGGUCGUUCACGACGGUCGAUGCGCGCACGGUGCUGUCGCCGACCCGCAUCUUGUUUACGCUGGCGUCGUACGUCCUCUUCUUCACCGACAUUCCGCGGAGCGGAUAUGGCUUUGCGACGCUGCCAAGUGCCAUCUACCACCAGCUAACCGAGACGACGUACUGCUACUGGGGGCCGUUCGACUACCCAAUCGUACACAUUGAGCGCCACACCAACGGCUCGUUUGUCGGUCGUGCUGGCGACGUGUCUCUUGAUGCCGUGCCCGUCUGGGCCUACAAGUUUGACACGUGCUCGGUUGGUCUCCGCUCCCUCGUGCAGCGCUUUCGGCUUCCCAACUGGGAUCCAUGCCUCAUGUACGCAUCCACGUGCGAGAGCGCGACGCUGCCGCUCAGCAGGACGUUUGCCUUGCUUGAUAGCGUUGUCGAAACCCUCGCGUCGCUUCCGCAAGGCACGACCGCGCGCUCCGCGAGCUACUACAAGGACAAGAUCCACGAAGUCGUCGCGCCAACCCAUGUGUUUAUGGAGCGGGCCCUUCGCACGAUUCACGUUCUCUCGAUUCGCUCGAACGACGCAUCGAACGUGUGCGCGUGGGAUCGUCCGGUACGGGCACGCUUUUGCGACGCGCUCUGGGCCAACUUUAGCUCCAUGGGGCCCACGACGACGGUGACGGAGCUGUCACGUCACAUCCAAGCGCGUUUUGACACGGUCGCGUCGACGCUCGAUCCACGCUCCCAGGUGGCCGACAUGGUUCUUAUCGAGUCGACGGCCGACGGGCGGCAAUGGAGCGGCAGCGUCGCGCCGGCCAAACCGACCGAUUUGGACAUUACAGCAAUCCUCCGCGUGCGCAACUGCUCGUCAACCAAUGUUUGCACGACGAUCUCGGUCGACGACUUUCGGUACGAAGCCGCACUCGAGACCACCAACGUGCUGCACUACUAUCGCCUCUUGCGCGCAAUGCGGCUCGUCGGGCAGCUCUACAACAUCCUUCGCGUGACCUUGCUCCUCUUUGGGUGUUUUUACGCCCACCGCAACGAGAGUCAGCCGCUCCAUCAACGCGUUGCGGUGGCGACCGGGACAUUUUUGCGGAUCCCUGCCCAAGUCAUCAUUUACGGCAGCUGGUGCCCCGUCAUCUUGUUUGCACUGGCCCAUGCGGUUGAUUGCGCGUGUGUGUACCACAUCAUUUUCCGCGCGUUCUCGACGCUCAACGGCGCCUUGAGCCUCACAUGGGACGAAUUGUACUUUUUGAUGACGAUUCUCACAUGUCAAAUGCGCAACGUGUGGGUCCUGAGCCUCUUCACAAAGGGUCUUCUGGUCGCGAACGGCCAGCACCGCGUCGGCCAGCACAUUCUCGGAUUCCGCGGCUACGUCCUCCCGCUUGUCUCGCUUCUCGCGGUGGGCUUUGACAUUCGCGUUCUCUCGACGCGCGAUACAGACAUCAUUGGCGCUUCGCAGGUCGCGACGAGCCAGACUGUAGCCACCAUCCGGCUACUCCACUCGCUGCCGACCAACUACCGGUACUGGGGCCUCUUCUUAGAUGCCCGCAACUUGCUCAUGGCGUUCCUGAUCGCGCAUCUCGUGCUACGGGUCUUUCGAGUCAAACACGUCCGGUCGCGCUCACUGGUGCCGUACGCGGUCACGUCGUAUUGCAACCACAGUAUGUUUAGCACGGCGUGGAAUACGCUCGUUGUGGACCGCGAGCCGUGGUUGCGCCAGCGAUCCUCGAUCGUUGGCCACAAGGACGUUCUCGUUCACACGCCGUUGGCGACCGUGCUCUUUCCGAGCAGCGACAAGUACACGGCGUCGACGCACGUGCUCAUGAACAUUGUGUGGAUGACCGACCCGAUCGAAGUGCUCGUUCGGCACAUUGCGGACGACUCGCACCUCUUUGUGUACGUGGAGAAGGCGACGUCCGAGCUGGUGUACCAUCCGUGGAGCUUUGAAGAGCUCUGCGCGUUUGAUGAGCGCUUGCGGGACCUCCUCACGAUAAAAAGCCACAAACGCCUGCUGGACCUGCCGUGGCAGGACCGCAUUUACUGUAGCUAG